AGCAAGAGGGGAAGGUUUGUGACCCGCUGUGCUCGGCCGAGGGCUGCUGGGGAGCCGGGCCCGGGCAGUGCCUGUCCUGCCGCUACUACAGCAGGAGGGGGGUCUGCGUGCCCACCUGCCGCUUCACCGAGGGGGACCCCCGCGAGUUCUCUCAGGACGGGGAAUGCUCCGAGUGCCACCCGGAGUGCGAGCGCAUCCCCGGGGGGGUCACCUGCAACGGCUCGGGCGCCGACACCUGCACGCGCUGCGCUCACUAUCGCGACGGGCCGCACUGCGUGGAGCGAUGUCCCGAUGGGGUCCUGGGGGAGCGCGGCCCCAUCUUCAAAUUCCCCGACGGGAACCGGGAGUGCCGGCCCUGCCACGAGAACUGCACCCGGGGAUGUGUGGGGCCGCUGCUGCGGGACUGCCUGGGGGACACCCUGCCCGUGUCCCGGCGGACCCCGACGCUGAUCGCGGUGCUGGCGGUCGGGGCCGUUUUCCUCUCGUGCUCGCUGGUGCUGCUGGCGCUGCUCUACUGGAGGGGGAAGAAGAUCCAGAAGAAACGGGCGAUGAGGCGGUACCUGGAGCGGGGAGAGAGCCUGGAGCCGCUGGAUCCCAGUGAAAAAGCCAACAAGGUCCUGGCGCGGAUCUUCAAGGAGACGGAGCUGAGGCGCCUCAAGGUGCUGGGCUCCGGCGUCUUCGGCACCGUGCACAAGGGUAUCUGGAUCCCGGACGGGGAUUCCAUCAAGAUCCCGGUGAGCAUCAAGGUGAUCCAGGACUGGAGCGGGCAGCAAUCGUUCCACGCUGUCACCGACCACAUGCUGGCCAUCGGCAGCCUGGACCACUCGUACAUCGUGCGUUUGCUGGGGAUCUGCCCGGGGCCGCAGUUGCAGUUGGUGACGCAGCUGCUGCCCCUGGGCUCGCUGCUCGAGCACCUGCGCAAGAAACGCGGCUCCAUCAGCCCCCAGCUGCUCCUCAACUGGUGCGUGCAGGUGGCCAAGGGCAUGUAUUACCUGGAGGAACACCGCAUGGUGCACCGGAACCUGGCUGCUCGGAACGUGCUGCUCAAAUCCCCCAGCCAGGUGCAGGUGGCCGAUUUCGGGAUCGCGGAUUUGCUCUACCCCGACGAUAAAAAAUAUUUCUACAACGAGCUCAAGGUGGGGGGACCCCAAAUGCUACCCCCCAUCAAGUGGAUGGCCCUGGAGAGCAUUCACUUUGGCCGCUACACGCACCAGAGCGACGUGUGGAGCUACGGGGUGACACUCUGGGAGAUGAUGACGUUCGGGGCCGAGCCGUACUCCGGGAUCCGCCUGGCCGAGGUUCCGGAUCUGCUGGAGAAGGGAGAGCGGCUCCCGCAGCCCCAGAUCUGCACCAUCGACGUCUACAUGGUCAUGGUCAAGUGCUGGAUGAUCGAUGAGAACAUCCGUCCCACCUUCAAGGAAUUGGCCAACGAGUUCACCCGCAUGGCCCGGGACCCGCCGCGCUACCUGGUCAUCAAGGAGAGCGGGGCCGCCCCCCCCGCCGAGCCCCCUCCCCUGAGCGAGAAGGAGCUGGACGAGGUGGAGACCCUGGAGCUGGAGGAGGAGGAGGAGGAGGAGGAAGAGGAGGAGGAGGAGGAGGAGCUGGACGUGGCCUUCGGCCUCGCGGCCGGGCUGUGCCCGCAGCGCCCGAGGGGCGGCAGCGCCCGGAGCCCGAGCCUGCUGAGCGCCCCCGCCGGGUACAUCCCCAUGAACCAGCCCGGCCUCGGCUGCGCCCCGCCCGGUACCGGGGGCUGGGGGGGUCGGGGGGCUCGGGGGGCUCGGGGGGGGGGUCCCCUGGGCCGGACGGUGUCGGAAUCGUCCGAGGGUCGCGGGACGGGCUCGGAGCUGGAGCUGGGUGAGGGGGGGUCCCUCGGGGGUCGCAGCCGCCGCUCCCGGGGGGACAGCGCGUACCUGUCCCAGCGCGGGAGCCUCCCCCCCGCCGCCCCCCCGCCCGACGAGGACCCCAAUGGAUACGUGACCCCCAACUGCGGCCUCCGCGGUGAGGAGGGGGCUUCAGCGGGGCCCCCGGCCGUUGCUCGCCGCGAGGAGGUGGGCUCGGACCCCCCCGGAGCCCCCCAAAAGCGGGGCAGACCCCGGGAUGACGAUGAGGAGGAGGAUGAAGAUGAAGAAGAGGAAGAUUACGAAUACAUGAACAAACAACCCCGCCUCAGCCGCUCGCUCCUCGCCGAGCCCACCCCGGGGGUCCCCGCAGCCCCCCACCACCAUCAUCACCACCACGGCUACACCGAAAUGAGGCGGGGGGCGCCCCCCGCGACCCCCGAGGGGGAGGAGGAAGAGGAGGAGGAGGAGGAAGGCUACGAGGAGAUGGAGGCGCUGCCGCGGCCGCGCUGCCCCGGCUGCCGGCGACCCCCGCCCACCCCCGCGACCCCCAUGAAGCCCCUGCGGAGCUUGGAAGCCUCGGACUGCGCCUUCGAUAAUCCCGAUUAUUGGCACAGCCGCCUCUUCGCCAAAGCCCAGCGGACUUAGAGACCCCUCCCCAAAUCCCCGGGACCCCUCCCCAACCCCCCGGGACCCCUCCCCAAAUUGGGGGGCUCAGGAUGGAUGAA